UUGCUAGGGGCUUGGGCUAAUCAGCUGAGUAUGUUCAGAAGACGCCUAUUGGGAUCCGGGGUGGAAAUUCCCCCAUUUCUGGAACUGGAACCCCCCCCCCCCGGGAAGGGCUGGGAAACCUGCCUGGACUCCCAGUGCUGGAGUCUGACCCCCCCAGACAGAGGCUGCUGUUUGGAAUACAAAGGGGGCACCCAGUGGUGAGGCCUCAUCCCCUCACUCCCAGCUGCUGGGAAUGGGGAGGGGGUUGGGAUUCCUGUCCCUGGAUCCUGCUGAGGGGCUCCAUCUCCUGUGCCAGCCUCUGGCUAGCCGGUGUGUGAUAUACGGGACUGCUCCGAACAAGGUGGGGUUGGGAUUCUGCUUCUCUGUCUCCACCAGACCUUUAAUAUUAUCGGCCCUCCUCCCCUGGGACUAGCAGGAUUGUGGCUGAGGCAGCAGAUGCUGAGUGAGGGCCUCUUGUCCCAGAUGCCGGUGAGCUUCGAGGAGGUGGCUGUGUAUUUCACCCAGGGGCAGGGGGCUCUGCUGGAUCCCGCUCAGAGAGCCCUCUACAGGGACGUCAUGCAGGAGAACUACCUCGCUGGAGGGUGCUGGGAUGGUGAAUGAGGAGGAGAAUCCGCAGCGGGAAGGUGUUGAGGAUGUGGAUCUGCAGGGAACGGUAUUGGGAAGAUCCAAAGGGGAUUUUUAUGAGAAUCGUAAACCAGGAAAAGCCUGUGGAAAUCAGCGCAGGUCAGAGAUGCUGCUGGGAUAUGACCCAGAGAAGAAAACAUGUGAACCCAUAAAUGAUGGUGGAGAUUGCAAGGACCUCGAGGAAACCACAGCCCAGCAGAGUAUGCUCACAGAAGAGAGAAAAAACACAUGUACCGAGUGUGGGAAAAGCUUCAGUCGAAGUUCACAUCUUAUUUCCCAUCAGAGGAUCCACACGGGAGAGAAACCCUACAAGUGUCUAGUCUGUGGGAAAGGUUUCAAUCAAAGCUCAAACCUUAUUUCCCAUCAGAGGAUCCACACGGGAGAGAAACCCUAUAAGUGCCUUGACUGUGGGAAAGGUUUCAAUCAAAGUUGCCAUCUUAUUAGGCAUGAGAGAACCCACACAGGUGAGAAACCCUAUAAAUGCCUGGAGUGCGGGAAAACCUUCAUUCAGAGUUCAGAUCUUAUUUCACAUCAGAGAACCCACACAGGAGAAAGACCCUUUAAAUGCCUGGACUGUGGGGAAAGUUUUGAUUGGAACAUGCAGCUUGUUAGACAUCAGAUGCACCAUACAGGAGAGAAACCCUACAAAUGCUUGGAUUGUGGGAAGGGGUUUAGUGAUAGUUCAGCCCUUAUUACUCACCAGCGACUGCACACGGGAGAGAGACCCUAUAAAUGCCUCGAUUGUGGCAGAAGAUUCAAUCGGAGCUCACACCUGACUCGACACAAGAGAACCCAUUCUGGAGACAAACCCUAUAAAUGCCUGGAGUGUGGGAAAAGUUUCAGUCAGAGCUCAUACCUUAUUUCACAUCAGCGAACACAUACCGGAGAGAAACCCUAUAAAUGCCUUGAAUGUGGGAAAAGAUUCAGUUGGAGCUCAGAUCUGAUUUCACAUCAAAGAACUCACACAGGAGAGAGACCCUAUAAGUGCCUGGACUGUGGGAAAAGUUUUAGUGACAACUCAGCCCUUAUUAAACAUCAGAGAAUCCAUACAGGAGAAAGACCCUAUAAAUGCCUCGACUGUGGGAAAACUUUCAAUCAGAGCUCCACCCAUAUUCGACAUCAGAGAAUCCACACAGGAGAAAAACCUUGAAUGUGGGAGAAGCUUCAGUUGGGGUCAGCGUGUAUGGGGCAUUAGCAAAUUCAUAUAGGGAAAAGACCUCUUAAAUACUUUAUGCAUGGAACAUGUUUCAAGUGGAACUGACACUGGAGACUCCACACAGAAGAGAAAUUUUAUCAAUUCUAUUACUAGGAAUGGCCAUAGUUUAUUAAAAAAGAAUUCAAUUCCCCUGCACAUGUCUUUCACGCUAAGUCAGACUCAUGAGGGCUGGAGAUGAGUGUCUCACACCUGGAGGGGGGAUUUGUAUAAAUCUCAAACACAGCCUGAUACUUUUGAGCUUCGUUCCCUGGUUCCAUCUAUGGGUAAAACUGCUUCUGGGCUGUUUCCUACCCAGCUCAGAUUGCAGAAGGGAAUUUGGGUUUUCUCCUUACAUUAGGAUGAUGAUAAAACUUUUGUAAAUAACAUGAUCAUAUAAGAAGGAUCCAAAUGAGGCAGGUGAGGGGAAACCAGGAGUAAAUCUAUUCUCCCGAGUUUGAGUCAGAAGAGACAUGCUCUGGGAUGUCACUUUCGAUGAACCUAACCGUAUUGUACAGCCCAGUCUGUAUUGUGGGUUGUUCUCUCUUUGCUGAAGGCCUUUUGGUCACAUGGAAUCGUAGAAUGUAAGGCUAGAAGGGAUCACAGCAUCCACACACUAAGCCCUACAAUGGAAGUUAAAUACUUCCUGUCUUUGGGUGUUAAUUUAGUUUGAUGUGAUGAAAAGCCAAUUUACUGGGGACUUCACAAGACAAAUGACCCUUUGCCAGACGAGGCCUUUUUAAAUUUUAUUUGGCCUUUUCCCCCACCCAAUGCCAUGAGAUAUCUGUGGUGUUAGAACAAUUAUAAUUCUAAAUAACCACCAUAAACAAACACCAAUGAGCGAGUGUGAGAGUUGCAGUCUGAGAGGCAGAGACUGAAAUGGGGAUGAAGGUCACUGCCUGAUCCCUGCAAUGAGGUGAGAUACUGUCAGGAAUGAGGAGAGUGUAGGAAGUGGGAGAUGCAGACCUGGGAAACUGCAGGGUUUUCUCUUGAGAGCCAGACAGCUGAGGCUGAGAACUGUGAACUUGCUGCACUGGGGCCUGAGAGAGACAGGGGCUGUCCUACAAACGUUGGGUGAAGCCGUCCUGGAAUAAAAAAAGGGCUACAUAAAGGAUCAGGCUGAUUAUUAUGAAUCAUGUUAAUUACGGUAGGGCUUAAGGGCCCACUAAGAAGGGGUAUUCCUUGUGCUAGGCACUGUGCAAACAGAGGAGCAGAUCGCAGCCAAGAAGGAAGCCAGGGAACUAAUCCACAGACCUCUUCAGCCCUGAAGCCAGGCUGACCCCCAUCACCAAGGCCAAAGUGAAUCAAAGAGCCUGACAGCCCAGCUGUCACCCCUCACCCAGCUAUCUCAUCUCUUGUGUGGGGAUGCUACAGACUCUCUCUGCCUCACUCACUCUUCACGUGCCAGGGAGAUAAAACCCUCUGUUGGGAUUGGAGCCCCUACUCUAAACUCCUUCUGAUCUCUGGUUCAUAUUAACCUGAGCUUCCUGCUCUGAGAGCGUUUGCUCUGUUGGCUGGAUCCUGGCACCUUGUGGAUUCACUGCACUUUUCUACUCAUUGUCAAAUGUUGCUCUUUUGCUGGUGCCUCGGGGAGUUGGGAGCAGAGGUGCUGGAUUGAUAACAAGAGCUGUGAACUAGGGGGAGAAGGUUGGCUGAGGCUUGUCAAGAACCAAUAGCUGGAGAUUAAAGCCAAACAAAUUCUAAUUAGUAACAAGGCACCAUUUUUUAACAAUCAUAGAAUAUCACAGGGUUGGAAGGGACCUCAAGAGGUCAUCUAAUCCAACCCCUUGCUCAAAGCAGGACCAAUCCCCAGACAGACUUUUGCUGCAGAUCCCUAAAUGGCCUCUUCAAGGAUUGAAUUCACAACCCUGGGUCUAGCAGGCCAAUGCUCAAACCACUGAGCUAUCCCUGCCCCCAUCACAAUGAGGGUGAUCAACCUUUGGGACAAACUACCAAGGGAAGCGGCAGGUUCUCCAUUACGUCAUGUCCUCAGAUUGACCGGCUGCCUUCUCAUGAAGAUUUGCUUUAGUUAAACACAGUAAAGGAAUAAAUGGUUAACAUUUCUCUCAUCUGUAUUACACAAGUGUUCAAAGAAUCGAUGUGCGUAAAUGAUUAGUGCAGUCCUAGAAUAUUUGAUACUGGUUUGGAUUUGCAGUAAUACUUACUUCGGUUUUCCCCUUGUAAUAUAUUUUUGGGCGGGGAGCUUGGAAGGGUUAGAUUUUUAUCAGUAAAUGUUGGUAAACAUCGAUUUCACGGCACACACGCACACCAACAAAAAAUAGUUCCAUACCUGAUCAUUGAAAUUUAUGGCCAGGCAAAGUAAGAAACCUGCCACUUGAGAACUUCUUAGAGUUUGAUUUAAGGAGAUUUACAUGGUAUAUUUUGACACGUGAUGUUGAGAAUUUGUGUGUAAUGGUUAUAAAGCUUUAACGUUUUAAAUCUCAACAUCUACUGUCAUUAAAGGAUUAUUGUCUGGCCCCGCCUAUUGUCUGACGCCCCCUAUAAUUUCCCACAACAGUGACUAUUUAAAUAAAGUAAAAUAGUGCUUAAAAUCCAAAAUUGUGUGCAACUUGGAACACUGACAUUGGUAAAAAAUAAUAAAAAAUGAUUUAAAAUGUUAUCCAGCAAAAUUAUUUAAAAAAAUCAAAUUCCCCCAAGCAUAUCUAUUUAUAUACCCCUCCUCCUCUCUGCUCUAAUUUCUUUAACGAAUUCCCUCGUUCGGCAAACACGAGAGCAUAUGCUUCUCAUCAAUUACUUCAUUAGUCGUCUGGAUGUUCAUUUUACUACUGACUUGCUUAUAUUUCUGGACUGGCUGUCUUACUUUCAUGGCCCACUUGUCAGUUACGUUUCCAUGAGCACAUUUCCACAAUAUUAAUAGCUUUCAAAGCCAGAAGGGACCAUUAGAUCAUCUAGUCUGAUCUAUAACAGAGGCCAAAGAAGGUCACCCAGUUUUACCUCUUUAUCGAGCCCAGUCUCUUGUAUUUGUCUAAUGUCUAUCUUUCAGAAUAAUGUCCAGCCGUGAUCUGAAGACAGCUUGCUCCACUGAUUAAAUUUCUCACUGUUGCAAGUUUGUGCCUUAUUUCUCAACUGAAUCUCUCUGGCUGGAGCUUCCAGACAGUUGUUCUUGUUAUUCCUUUCACAGCUAGAUUUAAAAUCCCUUCAGGACCUAAUACUUGUACAUCACAAUCACGUCACCUCUCAGUUGUCCAUUUGAUAAAGGGAUCCUCAAACUUAGUGCACCAUGAUCCCCUUCUGACAACAAAAAUUACAACACGACUCGAGGAGGGGGGACUGAAGCCUGAGCUCACCUGAGCCUCACUGCCCUGGGUGCGUGGGUGGAGGAGAGGGGGAGGGAGCCCAAACACCGCCACCCAGGGCUGAAGUUCUCAGACUUCGGCUUCAGCCCGGGGUCCCAGCAAGUCUAAUGCCAGACCUGGUGACCCCAUUAAAACAGGGUCAAGACCCACUGUGGGGUCCCGCCCACACUUUGAGAACCGCUGAAACAGAUUGAACUUUUAAGUCUGUCACCGAAAUGCAUUUUGUCCAGACUUCAGAUCAGGUUUGCAGCUCUUUUCUGCCGUUUCCAGUAUUUUCAACAUCUUUUUUAACGUGCAAACACCAGAACUGUAUUUGCUAUCUCACUGCCACGUAUGUCGACGUAAGUUACGUCACUCAGGAGUGCGAAAAAAAUCACCCCCCUGGAGCGCCAUAGCUCACAUCGACCUAAUGCGGUGUCUAUACCGGCCUAUGGCGGCGGGAGACACUCUCCCAUUGACUCAUCAUGUCCUCGCCAGAACGGCUAUAUCAAUACCUCGGCAUCGACUGCAGCGGUGUUGAUUUAGCACGCAGUAUAGACAGGUCCUCAGUACUGGUCUACCCAAUGCCAUAGCUAGAGGUAAAAUUACCUCCCCACUCCUGUGUUGCUGCAUCUAAGGAUCACAUUUGCCCUUUUUGCCCCAGCAUCACGCUGGGAGCUCAUGUUGAGUUGCUUGUCCAUCAUGACCCCUAAACCUUUUGCAGACGUUAAGUUAUACCGAAGUAAUUUUGUAGUGUAGACCAGGCCUAACUCUGUUCCACUCCCAUUCUUCCUAAACCCCAGCAUUAGCUCGUGUAAAAUCCUCACUUUGUACAGCAGGAAUGUCAUUUUCUCUGGCACCAGGCAAAUUACUGGACAUCAACUUUUGUAAAGCACUGGUCUUGUGAAGGCACAUCAACAGCAGAUGACCCAUCGGACACCCUAGAACAAAAGACUCUGUUCAUUGCUCUUCCCACCCUCCAUCCUCACACCCUCGAUGAGUUGGGGAUAUGCAGACAUAUUCCUCCUGUCAGGGGGGUUGCAAAGAAAAAGGAAUACACCCCCCCACAGACACAGAAACAGACACACACACAACAAGAAGGACUAAGUUAGCUCUAUGAUGCCGGACUUUGCGAGGGCAAGAUUUCUAAGCAAAAGCAUGGGAUCCCCAGCUAUACAGCCUGGGAUAGCCCUAAAAAACAUGUAACAUUUGAUUACAAUAGAAACUCUACCUUUCAAAACUAAAGACUGUGAGUUGUUUGUGUGUACACAUUUAACCGCUUUAACCUUGUAAAUAAUUCCCAUUUUGUUUCCUUAAUAAAUCUUUAGCUAGUUUUA